UUAGUCAGUGUGCACUCAACAGCCGUUGGGUUUGGUUGGGCUUUUUGCUCGUGCUAAAAUUCUAAACUGCAUAACGGUCGGUCUAACGCGCGCACCGCCAAUAAUAGGGGGCAGAAAAUUAUACAAAUUUAUAUAUCGCACACACACACACACACACACACACACAUACAAACCAACAGUUGAAGAGGUGCGAGCGCAUGUAGUUGCUUGCAUACAUACAUAUGUGAGUGUCACUGCGUGCGUGUGCAUUUCUGUGACAACUAUUCGGGAGCAUUUAUCGCAGUUUUUGCUGUUGCUGCUGCAACCUAGUUUCGAUUACUUGGGCUUUUGGACGUACGUACGAAGCAAAUGUGGCGAAACAAAAAAUAGGAGGACCUCUUAUCAUCAAAUACGUCGUGCUUUGCGAAACACAGCAAAUAUCUUGAGUUUCAUUUUUGCCAAAAACAAAUAGGCAACAACAGAAAGUUUUGCCGUUGUGUCGGAGGCUCAUCACUGCAUUGCAGUAUUGCGAGAAACAACAUUUCCACAAGUCGUCGAUAGAAACCAACAACCAUUACCACGUCACACAUAGCCACCUUCGCUGCAAGUGCGGCGCUUGGCGACGACGACGAAGACGACAGUCAGUCGCAUAAUUCAAGGAACGCUAUUUGCACCAGCAACCAGGUGACCCAGCAACCAGCCAUUACGAUCAUCACCGCCGCCACCAAGAUGAGUACACGCAAAGACGAUCCAGUAUUCAAUGUUAAAUUCGUGCAACUGGUAGAAUCGAAACCCUGCCUGUGGAACUCAACAUUGCCCGAGUACAGUAAAAAAGACGAAAUCCAAAAAGCUUGGCAAGAGGUUGCUAAUGAUACAAAAGAUACGGUACGGAACUGCCGUGAAAGAUGGCGCACAAUACGCAGCAGCUUCCUGCGUUCAUUAAAGCUUUCGCGCACCACCACUGGACGGGGCAAACGCAAAUACUAUCUCUCGAAGUACUUGCAGUUUCUAAUACCUUACACGAAGACCCGCAUCAAGAACAGCGCCAGCAUCAUAGCCCAACGCAAGGUAGCUGCAUCCGGUAACAUUCCGCCCAUGACUCGGGUAAGCAACAUGCCCACAGUCAGCAGUGACAAUACCAAAGAUUCCACCAAUUCAGCAGAUGUUGCGGCCAUAGCUGAAUCCGAUGUGGUAGUUUCGAGCCAUGAAGGAGGCGUCAUUGGCAACAGCAUAGCACAGUCCACAUGGCCAAAGCCUUUGAAUUUACAAAACAUCAAACAAGAACAGGAUGUCCUGGGAAGUGGCGACACGCAAACAUCAAUAUCGGUUGCAGCAGGUCCAACAACAUCAUUUAAUACGUCAGUCAGCUUCGCGGCGAACGAAAACAGGUCAUGUCUAAAUAGUUCGGGGACAACUACAAUGACAACGCCAGUCAAUAACUUGAGUAGUGCUAGUGGCAUUAAAGGCAACUCCUUCACAUCGAUUAGCAGGGCAUCCAACAACCCAAGCAACCCAACUGCGGUUAGCAAUUCAUUUCAACAACUGGCGGCGGAUAGUCGAAAUUCAAGCGGUUCAGUGGAUUUGUCCGAUCUCGCUGAAUGGCUUAAGUAUCGAAAUGAUCAUCAACGUUCAAUCCAGAUGACAACAGCCAUGCCACCAGAUGCGGAUCAAUUCUUUCUCAAUAGUCUACUGCCGUAUCUGAAGGAGAUGUCCGGCAAGCAAAACAGACGUUUUCGUCAGAAGGUGGUAGCCCUAAUCGAUAACAUUCUGGACAAUGCCGAUGAAGCCGGCACCAUAGUUUUGGAAUAAUGUAGAGGUGUGGUUCGGCUUUAAUGUGUUCCAGUGUACAUAAUAUAUUUUAAAAUAUUUUCAAAUCGUUGAAUCAGUUAUGCAUAGAAUUGUUUUGUUUGUUUGUAAUUAUGUAGCUCACUCACACCAAAAAACAAAAAGAACAAAUAUAUAUUACAUGUAAAUGCAAACUUUAUUACAGCAA